AAUUGCAAAGCCCGAACCCGUUGUUUGUUGCGGGGUAGCCGAAUAUGCUUGACUAGCUAUGAGACGCAUCUUAUGACAUAACAAUAUUCUACAUCUGUUCAGCAUUACCUAUUAAUUAUAAAUUCUGAUAGUCUAACGGAAGUAUGGAAGCAUGCUUCUUUCAGUUACCUGCGUUAUGCUUGGCUUCCUCGUGCUUCCUGUCGUUUACGGUGUCACCAAAUCUUGAUUACCCAGCAUCAAAAACUCACUGUAUAUUGUAAUAUCCCACGGAGGACCUAGCGGUCUUACUUGAACUUCAAUAGUUCGUUGAUCUUGAUAAUUAUUUCUACGUGGUCUUUUCUCUACUGUCCCCAACCACGCUAUACCGUUAACAAGACUUUCGCCUCGGGUCAGACGUUUAGAGAACAGGAUGGCAGGCCCUUCCACGAAGAUUCGCAUUGCAACCGCGUCUCCAGCCACGCAGCGCACUAGACAAGAUACACUUGCCGAGCUCGAAAGGCUUGCACAAUCCGCAGGGGAAAGAAAAGCGGACUUCUUGCUUUUGCCCGAAGCGUUCUUGGGUGGGUACCCUAGAGGUAUAGCCUUCGGAGGCAAGCUCGGGGAACGACCCGCCGGGGCCCGCGACGAGUUCCGCAAGUAUUUUCAGGGGGCGAUCGAUCUGGGUGAUGUCGUCGGACCUGGUGGGGCGGGUGGGAUGGACAGGUGGGUGAGAAGGGAAUUGGGGGGCGAAGAGAGUGUUGAGGAGGGGACAUCUGGGGACCUGGGAUUGUCCUGCCGGAGAGGCGAUGGCACGCGCGAGGAACUUGAGCGUGUCGCUCGUGAGACGGGCGUUUUCAUCGUCGUGGGACUUGUGGAGCGGGCGGGGGGGAGCUUGUAUUGUGCUGUUGCGUAUGUUUGUCCUCAACGGGGCGUUGUUGGAAAGAGGAGGAAGGUCAUGCCGACAGGUAUGGAGCGGCUCAUCUGGGCACAAGGCUCGCCGGCGACACUGAAGGCCGUCAGCACCACUAUCCGAGGCGUUCGCGUGAACCUCGCCGCCGCCAUCUGCUGGGAGAACUACAUGCCGCUCCUGAGGCAAUCCCUCUAUCAACAGAAUAUUAACUUGUAUUUUGCCCCAACGGCUGAUGGUGGAGAUGCAUGGCUUUCACUCAUGCGAACAAUCGGGACUGAAGGACGCUGCUUCGUCGUAAGCUCCAACAUGUGCGUCCGAGAACCGAACGCCGAAGUGACUGCCGAGCCACAGCCGAGACUCGGCUCAACCACCUCAAAGGAGCAGGAUGGUCUCGACUUGGUUGUCCCGAAGGCACGUCGUCGGUCCGUGUUCGAUGACGACGGAAAUGAAAUCGUGCUCAGUAGCCCUGGUACCAGCACUUCCAAGCCGAAGGAGGCCAUCGCUGAUUCAGGAUCGGCCGUUGCGGAAGGCGACAUGUUCGGGGAUGUGAAGUACCUGACACGCGGUGGUUCGAGCAUCGUCUCGCCCUAUGGGGAAGUCCUUGCCGGUCCGCAAUGGGAAGAUUCGCACAGCCUUAUCUAUGCCGAUGUUGAUCUUGAGGAAUGCGUCCGUGGACGCCUGGAUCUCGAUACGGCGGGGAGUUAUUCUAGAAACGAUUCUUUUAAAUUAUCGGUUGAGGGCCUGGAUCUAGAUCCUCUGCCGUACUACGGGUAAUCGAUACGACAUGUGACGCUAUAUCUAACAAAAUUGACGCGAUGUAUCAUGGGUUCGGAUGGAAAGUGAUAGGAACAGAAUGUCUAAGAAACUAAUCGUAGUUCGCUGCGCUUCGAGUUUGAUCGAUAGAGAUGUAAUAUUGCAAAUAACGCAUUCUUAAGUUGAAUAAACCAGCUAUCUGAUUUUACUGUCGUCCACUCUCGCAACCAUUAGCGAAUUCAUACUAGUCCUCCAAAACAUGAAAUGCUGUGGCAUAAGACCAAAA